UUUUUCCUUUUUUUUUUCCUUUUUUCUUUUUUUUUUUUUUCAUGCACACCGUACAAAGCGUCACAGGAUGAUAUAAAUCUAUACACUUUUCUCUCAUAAUAAAAUAUCCGAUUUUCUAUAUAUGGCUACACUUCACACAUGGAGAACGAUCAGCUCCACGCGAGACGUACAAUCUUUCCCGCGCUUCCAACAACCUGUAGCGAAUACGAAUUAUACACGUGGAUAUAACAUACACGAUACAGAAUUUACCUUAAAGAAAUUUCUGACAUCGUCCCAAUAUGCCAAGAUGGAUUCGAUGAGUUUUCACGGUGGUGUUAGCGAAACGAUUCUGUUCAAAGGAUGGCGAACAACCGAUUGGAUUGGCAUGGGUGGUUCCAUGAUCGGUAUUAUUCUGCUUACGAUGAUUUACGAAGGGCUAAAAAGUUAUCGUGAUCAUCUUUUUAAUUAUACAGCAUUGGUGAGCAAGAAUAUAAAAAAGACGAGGAUACAGAUGAUCUUUUCUAUGGUUCAUCUAGUUCAAGUGAUAUUACAUGUUUGCCAGAUGAUAAUAGGAUAUUUUUUAAUGCUCAUAUUUAUGACUUUUAAUGUCUGGUUGUGCAUCGCCGUGGUAAUUGGAACAGCGCUCGGUUAUUGGCUCUUCUCUUGGAAAAAACUAAACAGCGACAAUGUAGAUUGUUGUUCGUGAUAAAACGAUUAUUUUCUAAUUAGCACCAUAAUUUAAUUGCAAUUAUUUCUAUUAAUUAUUAUUUAUAUUAUUUCAUUAUUAUGUAAUGUUAUUAAAUAUUAAUAAUUCAUUUAAUAAUA